AUGCGAGAAGUCAUGGUGUCGCGAUUUCUGGCCCUUCUGGGCAUUCUUUGUCUCAUACAGUGUCCCUUGACAGCCACGUUUGAGCUGUUCGACGUCGGGGGGCCGCCGCAGAGGGGUCCACAGGGAGCGCAGGGACAUCAAGAGGCACGACCCGGCGAUAGCGCCGCUCGCGGAGCAGAACAAGGCGGUGGAGGGAAGGAAUCAGGUGCACCCCCGCGCCGGCCGCCUCCGUCUGGUAUGUCCGCUGCCAUCAACCAGCAGCGCAACAAGCUGCUCGCGAUGGCAUCCGUGUCGCACUGGCCGGGUGGCGAAGACUCCGGGAAGGUCGUCCGGCACCCGGACGGCCGCAUCGAGUACGUGAUCUGGUCAGCAGCACCGGGGCAGCAACUGCCGCAGGGGGGCCUGCCCGCCGGGCCGCUGCAGCCGGUCCAACCGCGGCCAAAGGAGCAGAAGCCCAGCGCCAAGCCCGAGCCCGUCCCGGAGCCCGAGCCGCAGCCCAGACAGCCGGAACCGAGUCCACCGAAGACGGGAUUUCACGACUUCGGAGACCUCGCAGGGCCUAUUCGGCUCAGCAACACCCGCGGGGCGCAGGAGGGCGCGGGGGCGCGUCCGCAGACCGCGGGCGCGGCGAACGGGGCGGCCGCGGCGUCUGACGCGGCGGACGACGGGCCGCUGCCAACCAGCAAGCUCGGGAGUGUGCGGCUGGCGAUCCUGCUGCCGGGCAGCCGCGGCACGGUGCACCUGGCGCAGCAGAGCGAGAUCCUCCCGCUCAUCACCUCUGGCGCGCAGUGGGGCAUGCACGUGGAGCCGAUGUACUCCGGCGAGGACGUGCCGCUCGCGCAGGCGCGGAACCGGCUCCUCGCGCGCGCGAUGGCGUCGGAGGGCGCGUUCACGCACUUCCUCUUCGUGGACCCGCACGUGCGGUUCGCGGCCCGGGACGUGGCGCGCAUGGUGCUGCACAACCGCGACGUCCUCUGCGGCGUGUACCCGCGGCGGUCCGUCGACUGGGCGCGGGUCGUGGAGCACGCGCGGCGCGACGCAGCGGCUUCCGUUGAGCAGGUCGUCGCGCGCGGGCUCGCGUACCCCGUCAGGGUCGAGGGCGAGAAGGGCACGGGCCGCGUGAACGUCGUGCGCGGGCUCACACCGUGCGCGGAGUGCGGUGCGGGGUUUCUGAUGGUUAAGCGUCACGCCGUUGCUACGAUGCAGCGAGAGCUGCCGCACUUGCGUGUGGAGGGCAGGGGGGGCGGGGACGAGGUGUACCGGCUGUUCGACGCCGAGCCGGACGGAGAAGAGGAGGUAGUGGAUGGGUCGACGUUCGUCCGGCGGUACGUCGCGCUCGGGGGGAGGGUGUUUGCGGACCUGGAGGUCAAACUGCGGAGUGCGGCGGAGGUGGACCUGCCGGGGUGGCCGCUGGAGGGAGUGAUCGACGUGGGGGCAGGGGCGCUGCGAGAGGAUCACGACAGCUGA